UCAUUAUUCACUUUGGGACUUUUGCGGAGUGAUGACUGGAAUGAACCACCCAACAACUUUUUCUUCUCUACAGCAAACAACAAACCAAGAAACUGAUAUUUCUUCCAGAAACUAUCAUACCUUUCCUUAUAUACACCUAAGUGAACUUGAAAAUCUGCUUCAUUAUCACUAUGAACCCAUCAAAGGAUCCUUAGCAAGGGACCACCUUGCCAACGAAAGAACUUGUAGUUGUGGACUUUUUGAAAAAGAAUUUGGUUGGAAGAGUUAUUUCGUUCGUUUUAAUUGCACUCGGGGCUUUCUGCUCCACCUAUGCUGCUGUUCGUUACUACAAACUUAUGAAGCUUAUUGAAAACCGUCAAUUCUCAGUGGAAAUAAU